UUUCAGUCCCUCGUGUAUUAUUGAAGGAGUUAAUGAUUACCGAUGUACAGCUUGCCCACCUGGAUAUGAAGGACAGUACUGUGAAAGAUGUUCUCCUGGAUACACCGGGAAUCCCAAAAUUCCUGGUGGAUCUUGUCAGCUAUGUGAGUGUCAUCCACAUGGUGCGCUGCCUGUUCCUUGUGAUCCUCUCACUGGACAAUGUGUGUGCAAGCCUGGAUCUACUGGCUGGAAGUGUGCAGGAUGUGAACCCUGGCAUGCUCGUGAAGGCAUAGCAUGUGUUUCUUGUGAUGAUGAGUGCACUGGUGUCCUUCUCCGUGACUUGGAUCAGUUAAAUCAGAUGACUCUAAGUGUUAAUCUUAGUGGACCACUUUAUCCACCAUAUAGAAUGCUUUAUUCCUUUGAAAACACAACCCAAGAAUUAAAGCAUUUAUUGUCACCUCAGCAAGCACCAGAAAGACUUCUUCAUUUGGCACAGAAGAAUUUAGAUACUCUUGUGAUAGAAAUGGAUGAACUGCUGACAAGGGCGACCAAGGUGACAGCAGAUGGGGAACAAACUGGACAGGAUGCUAAGACAACUAAUGAGAGAGCGAAGUUGCUUGGACAGCUCAUCAAAGUCACCCUCCAGGCUGCAGAAGAUGUAAAUGAUGCUGCUUUAAAACUGAAUGAGACACUUGGGAUCCCAGACAAGGCACUUGACAAAAGCUUUCAAGAAUUACAAAGUGAAGUUGACAAAAUGAUGGCAGAACUUAGGAAGAGAAAAUUGGAAGUGCAAAAGGCAGUAGCUCAAGAUGAAUUAGAGUCAGCAGAAGACCUCUUGAAGAACAUCAACAAGCUAUUUGUAGAGCCAAGGAAGAAAACUGAAGACCUAAACAAUGAAGUCAAAGAGAAACUAGCAGACUACCAUGAUAAAAUUGAUGAUGCUCUGAACCUGUUAAGAGAAGCAACUAAUAAAAUUCGGGAAGCAGACAGACUAUCAGCAAUCAACCAAAGAAACUUGACAGCAGUAGAGAAAAAGAAACAGGCUAUAGAAAAUGGACGACAGGAAACUGAAAAUACUCUAAGAGAAGGGAAUGACAUCCUUGGUGAAACUAAUGAACUUGCAAAUGGAAUCAAUUUGGCUGUGGAGAACAUAGAUGAUAUUAAGAACAAAAUAGUCUCGCUUUCUAAGGAGCUAAAGAAGAAAAUAGAUGAUCUCUCUGGAGAUAUCAUAAGAAAGAAGCUUCCAGAAAAGGUACUACAGGCAGAAGCUCAUGCUGCCCAGCUGAAUGAUUCAUCUGCUGUUUUAGAUGGAAUCCUUGAUGAAGCUAAAAACCUCUCCUUCAAUGCAACAAUAGCUUUUAAGGCCUACAGCAAUAUCAAGGACCAUAUUGACGAAGCUGAUGCAAUUUCUAAAGACGCUAAAGCUCGUGCCAAUGAAGCCAUACAACUGGCAUCUGGUCCAGAAGGCUCAUUAAAGGAUGCUGCCAAGAAUGCCUUACAAAAAAGCUUCAAGGUUCUUAAUGAUGCCAAUAAACAGGCAAAUGAUGUUAAAGAAAAUGAGGAUAAUCUAAAAGGAAUGCAGAAUAAGUUGCAAGUUGCAGGGCAAAGAAACUCGGCUCUCUUGAAAGCUUUGAAUGACACCCUGGAAAAGCUAUCAGCCAUUCCAAACGAUACUGCAGCCAAAGUACAAGCAGUCAAAGAUAAAGCCAAGCAUGCUAAUGAUACUGCAAAUGAGGUACUGGCUAAAAUCAGAGAUCUCAAUCAAAACCUCCUUGGAUUAAAAGACAGAUACAGAAAAGUUGCAGAUGAUGCAGCCAAAACAAACGCUAUAUUGAAAGAUCCUACUAAAAAUAGAAUCAUUGCUGAUGCAGAUGACACUGUUAAAAAUCUGGGCAAAGAAGCAGAUCGGCUGAUGGAUAAAUUGAAACCAAUCAAACAACUUCAAGAUAAUCUGGGGAAGAACAUAUCUCACAUUAAAGACCUGAUAAAUCAAGCCAGGAAGCAGGCCAAUUCUAUUAAAGUAUCUGUAGCUUCAGGAGGAAACUGUAUUCGAACAUACAGACCAGAAAUUAAAAAAGGAUUGUACAACACUGUUAUUCUCAACGUAAAGACAACUGUUGCUGAUAAUCUACUUUUUUAUCUUGGAAGUAAUAGAUACACUGACUUCUUGGCCAUAGAAAUGCGUAAAGGAAAAGUGGAUUUCUUAUGGGACGUGGGAUCUGGUGUUGGGCGUGCGGAUUACCCAGAUCUCACAAUUGAUGAUGGAGUUUGGUACCGAAUUGAAGCAUCAAGGACUGGAAGAAAUGGCACAAUUUCAGUACAGGCAUUAGAGGGUCCUAAAGCCACCAUCAUUCCUAGCAUUUCCAGUGCAAUUUCUCCACCUGGUUACACGAUUUUAGAUGUGGAUGCAAAUGCCAUGCUCUUUGUUGGAGGUUUAACUGAGAAAAUAAAGAAAUCUGAUGCUGUGAGAGUCACUACUUUCACAGGAUGCAUGGGAGAAACCUAUUUGGACAGCAAACCAAUAGGACUAUGGAAUUUCAGAGACAUUGAAGGAGAGUGUAAAGGCUGUGCUGUCAGCCCCCAGGUGGCAGAUGGUGAGGGAACUGUUCAGUUUGAUGGAGAAGGUUAUGCUACUGUGAGCCGUCCCAUAAGAUGGAACCCCAAUAUCUCUAUGGUCAUGUUCAAAUUCAAGACAUUUUCUUCAACUGCUCUCCUGAUGUAUCUUGCUACUCUAGACUUGAAGGAUUUCAUGAGCGUAGAACUCAGUGAUGGGCAUAUUAAAGUCGGCUAUGAUCUAGGCUCAGGAACAGCUUCAGUUGUCGGCAACCAGAGCCACAAUGAUGGGAAAUGGAAAUCAUUCACCUUGUCAAGAAUUCUCAAACAAGCUAAUGUAUCAAUUGUAGACAUAGAUUCUAACAAUGAAGAAAUCAUACCAGCAGUUUCUCCAGGAAAGCACUUUGGUCUCAAUCUGAAAGCUAAUGAGCCCAUUUAUUUUGGUGGACUGCCAUCGCUGAGAAGAAACCUAAGUAUGAAAUCAAGACCAGAAGUAAACACAAAGAAAUAUGCAGGCUGUCUCAAGGAUAUUGAAAUUUCCCGGACACCAUAUAAUCUUUUAAGUAGUCCUAACUAUCUUGGCAUUACCAGAGGGUGCAUAUUGCAGAAAAUUUACACAGUCAGCUUCCCCAAACCUGGCUUUGUGGAGAUGCCGCCAGUCUCUCUUGAAGUGGGAACAGAAAUUCACCUGUCCUUCAGUACUAAAAAUGAAUCUGGUAUUAUACUCUUCGGUACUAAUGAAAUAUCUGUGCCUCCAAGAAGGAAACGCAGGCAAACAGGGCAGGUGUAUUAUGCUGCAUUCCUGAAUGGAGGUCGACUUGAAGUACAUAUUUCUACUGGAGUAAGAGAUCCACGCAGGAUCAUUGUCAAACCUGAGUCUGGCGUGUUUCAUGAUGGCAAGGAACAUUCCCUUUCGUUGGAGAGACUUGGAGGGCUGUUUGCCAUUCAAGUAGAUGAGGACAGAAGACAAUCCCAGCGACUCCCAACAGAUCAUCCUAUCUCCAUUAAAAGACUUUUUGUGGGAGGAACACCACCUGAAUUUCACACACCCCCAAUUAAAAACAUACCUGCCUUUGAUGGCUGUAUAUGGAAUCUGGUUGUCAAUGCUGUUCCAAUGGAUUUCGCCCAAUCAGUAGCCUUUGAAAAUGCAGAUAUAGGACAAUGUCCUGAUUUAGGACCACCUCAUGAAAAGGAGGAUGAAGAUCAAACUCCCCAGACAACAGAUCAUCCUGAAACAGAGAAGGAUGGAAAGAAAUUCCCACCUUUACCCGAACAUUGUGCUGCCGAUGUGGAGCCCAUUGCCUUGGAAGGGGCCAAGCAAUUUGGCCUCUCAAGAAACAGCCAUAUUGCAGUUGCAUUUGAUGACACGAAAGUUAAGAACAAACUCACAAUUGAACUUGAAAUCAGAACGAGGGCUGAAAACGGGCUACUUUUCUACAUGGCUCGGAUCAAUCAUGCUGAUUUUGCCACUAUCCAGAUAAAAAAUGGUUUUCCGUAUUUCAGUUAUGACCUUGGGCAUGGGAACACAAGCACUAUGAUUUCCAACAAAAUUAAUGAUGGCCAGUGGCACAAGAUAAAAAUAUUCCGAAGCAAACAAGAAGGGGUCCUGUCAGUUGACGGAGCUACAAAUAGAACCACUAGCCCAAAGAAAGCUGAUAUUUUGGAUGUUGUGGGGAUGCUAUAUGUUGGGGGAUUGCCAAUUAACUAUACAACAAGAAGAAUUGGUCCGGUUGUCUAUAGCAUUGAUGGAUGUAUACGAAACUUUCGAAUGUCAGAAGCUCCCAUUGAUCUCAAUAACCCAACCUCCAUCUACAAUGUUGGAAAAUGCUUUGUCAAUCCACAGGAAGGAACCUACUUUGCAGGGACAGGGUUCGCCAAAACAGUUGGAGCAUAUAAAGUGGGAUUAGACUUACAGGUGGAAUUUGAAUUUCGUACAACACGGACAAAUGGUAUUCUAUUGGGAAUCAGCAGUCAGAAAAUGGAUGGCCUUGGCAUUGAAUUGGUAGAUGAAAAUGUGAUGUUCCAUGUCGAUAAUGGUGCUGGUCGGUUUUCGGCCAUUUAUGAACCUGCUAUAACGGGGAGUUUGUGUGAUGGACAGUGGCACAGAGUUGUGGCACACAAGAUAAAGCAUCGUUUAAUGCUGACCGUGGACGAUCAGCAUGUGGAAGGGAUCAGUCCUAAUGCAGCUUCCACUUCAGCAGAGACAAAUGAUCCUGUCUUUGUUGGAGGAUAUCCAGAUGGAUUGAAGCAGUUUGGCCUGACCACUAACAUUCGAUUCAAAGGCUGCAUCAGGUCUCUCAAACUCAUCAAAGGGACAGCUAAACCACUGGAGAUUAACUUCAGCAAGGCCUUGGAAAUAAAGGGAGUGCAACCUCUGUCCUGCCCAGGGAAUUAAAGAGAAAAAUCAUCAAAUUGCAAUAGGAAUCUGAGCAGUAAUGCUAACAAAAAAGAUUAUUUUACAAAUAUGCCUGUGAUAUAUCUGUGAUAUAUUCCAAUGCUGCUGUUUCGGGGUGUACUUCUAAAAGCAAGGGGGGAAAAAUCUCUUAAAAUGAAUAAAGCAUCAAGUUACGCAUGUGUGAUGUGUCCAUUUUUUCCUUACUUUGAAGCAAAAUGAAGUAUUAUAGAAUGAAAUUGUACUGUACCAAUUUGCAUUGG